AUGACUCUCCGAAAUAUUGCAGCCCGGUCCAUUGAGCUGCCCAACCGAGUCGCAAACAGCACUGCGGGCAAGGCACGAAAUGGAUUGCAGGCAAAGGGUUCAAGCUUGUCCCGAAUACGCACCACAGAUUUGGUAAGGUCUCUCGUCUUGACGUCCAUGAUGUCCAAAACAUGGUUGAUGAAGCCAUGCCUGGCAUUCUUGGAUGCCGUAACAAGAUCAAAAUCGGCAAUUAUCAACGCGGACAGAAACCCCUUCCUUAACAGAGUGCUGCGUUGGACCAUUUACAAUCAAUUCUGUGCUGGUUCCAACAGCACAGAGGUCUCUCGCUCAAUGGGUGAACUUAGGCAACUUGGCUAUAAAGGUGUCAUCUUGGGAUUCGCCAAGGAGAUUGUACUUGAUCCUAGUCAAGGCGCCCAUGUUGCGGAGGAUACCAAGUACGCGCCGGCGUGCUAUCGCAUGAUUGAUGAGUGGAAGGAUGCCAAUCUUGAUACCAUCCGCAUGCUCUCACCAGGGGACUUCUUGUCUGUGAAACUCACUGGCGCAGGCCCGAUUUGCAUUGCCGCAAUGCAAGCUCGAGAGCCUAUGCCGGCUGUCAUCUCAGACGCACUUGACGAAAUUUGCGUGGAGACAAGAAAGGCUGGCGCCCGGCUUUGGAUAGAUGCUGAGCAGCAGAUACUUCAAAUCGGGUUGGAUGAUUGGGUUAUUGAGCUGAUGAAGCGACACAACCAGAAGGGAGAGCCCCUUGUAUACAACACCAUCCAGGCAUACCUCAAGGGAGCAAGAGAAAAUGCCCGACGUCACAUUCUCCAAGCUGCACGAGAAGGAUGGGGGUUGGGUGUCAAACUUGUCCGAGGCGCCUACAUCGAAAAUGAGGUCCGGUCAUUGAUUCAUGAUACCAAGAAUGACUCAGACCAAUCCUACGAUGAUAUAGCCGACAUGUUUAUAUCACGCAAAGUGCCUCAGACUGACGGUCAGGAAGAACUGUCCUUCCCCACCACUGCCUUGAUGUUAGCAACCCAUAAUGCCGCGAGCGCGUCCAAGGCUAUGGCAACACACCGCGAUAGGGCUGCUCAAGGAUUGCCUCUUACAAAGCUGGAGUGUGGUCAGAUCAAGGGCAUGGCUGAUGAGCUUAGCUGCUCCCUCAUCGAAGACUGCGAGGGAACUUUCACAACCGACGAUAAAACAAGGACAGAGGCACCUGGAGUCUUUAAGUAUGUAGCAUGGGGAUCUGUCUCGGAAUGUAUGGGCUAUCUUUAUCGCCGAGCAGUAGAAAACCGCGGGGCUGUUGAACGAACGCAACAUAUGGUUGAUGCAUUAGCAAAGGAGCUUCGCCGUCGUGUCUUCGGAUAA